CACCACCACCACCACCACCAUCACAGCCUGACCAAGAUCGAGUUGCGACAAGUUAAAUUGCCUCCCAAACCUCCCUCACUUUCCCAGCGUUCUUCAUUCAACACCAAGCAGCAAAUUCUAAGAAGACACCAACCCACCAUGACAAACUACAAAUCCACCCCUCUCUUCGGCGGCGCCAUCGUCUGCGACCUCCCCGAACACUUCGCCGACGUCUCCCGUCUGCGCCAAGUCCCCGACAACCAAGAAGUAUUCAUUGACAAGGACGGCUUCACCUCCAUCAUCGUCGAAAUCACCGAGCGCGUCGGCCCCAGCGGCCCAACUUCGCUAGAAGAGGACGGUCGCGCGCUGACCACCCACCUCGAAGAGCUAGUCGGCGACGACGUCGAGACCGUCAAGGUGUGGAACACCACCGAGACGCGGUUUACCAAGCUUGACCCCUCAAUCCCCGCCUACACCCUCAUCGCCACACAAACGCCCAAAGCCUCCUCCGAGUCCGGUUCCCGAAGGGGCAGACAAGCACCCGAUUUCACCGCCCUCAUCCUCACGCUCGUCAGACUGGAGCGCGAGAAGACGGAUAUCCUGGUGACCAUCAACGUGCCGCACAUCAAGGGCGAGUACGACGAGGAGGAGGUGGAUCUGGCGCUGGGCAAGCAGGGGGCGCUGCUGGGCAGCGCGGUGGAGUAUGCGGCGCGGAUUUGGGAGAGUUUUGAGGUGAAGGAUUGGGGGUUGUUUAAUGAGGUUUGAAGAGUUGGGAAGUAGUAGGAGUGGAUGUGGGUGUGGUGGACGUGGAUUAAGGCAAGAUUGUAUGGAUGGAGGAUGGGUAUGAACAAAUUGGUGGAAAGAGAAGGAUAUGGGUUUUUGUGCGGCAGGGAAAUGGAUUAGGUUGGAUUAAGCGAAGGGCUUGGACAAAGGAAUACUCAAGAGGAAGGGAGGGAUACCAGGAGAAUUAGGGGGGCGUUCGAUAUCAACAUGACGGAUCGGUUAUGGUGGGAGGUGGAUGAACGACAACGAUUUAUCAGCUCCCUAAGCGGAGAAGGGUCUUCUUGGCUGAGCUACGACAUCUUUCACGAGACAUGUCCCUUUCUUAUUUCUUCUUCUAGAUAGUAUUUUACACUUUAGGUAGCGAACUGAAUGUCCUCUAAUUUUACACGGCGGGGGGUAUCAAUAUUCUUUCAAGAUCAUACAAGUACAAACA